GAGGUUGUGUUUUCGACCCGAGUGGUAGGUCCAUCCAUGUCUCAUAGAAUGCCUCAGAAGAGUAAGUCUAUGCGAAAGAGGGGCGUCGUCUAUUGCCAAGCCCCGCAGCUUCCAGUGGUUAUCUCUUAUCGCCCUCCAGCUUCGAGCUCCUGCAGCUCGCUGGACUACAUCCCUUGCCUCCCUCCCCCUCUCACACCCCACGUCCAUUUCUCUUUAUUUCCCCCGCGGGUUCCGAUCCCUUUAUGUCCUUUAUUUCCACGUUCUCCCUUCGGUUCCGUCUCUGCGGGCUUCGCAUCUCCAGCUUUUCAUCUACUCUUCAUCCUCGACGGCAGUUUCAUUCGUCACGGCUCACAAUGUCCAACUCCAUUAUCCAGCUAACGGCUCCGAAUGGGCGCAAGUACGCUCAGCCUAUUGGACUAUUUAUCAACAAUGAGUUCGUUCCGUCUAAAUCUGGCGAACAGUUUGCAACCAUCAAUCCUAGUGAUGAGUCGGAGAUUGCUUCGGUGUAUGCAGCAGGUGAGGAAGAUAUCGAUACCGCAGUCAAGGCAGCCCGGAAGGCCCUUAAGGAUCCGUCAUGGAAGCUACUGCCUGCUACGGAUCGAGGCAACCUGAUGCUCAAACUGGCGGAUCUCAUCGAUCAACACAGGGAAACCCUGGCCACUAUUGAAACGUGGGAUAAUGGCAAGCCGUAUCAGGUUUCUUUGAACGACGACCUUGGAGAGGUCAUUAACACCAUUCGCUAUUUUGCCGGUUGGGCCGAUAAGAUCCAUGGCCAGACCAUCGGUACCACUCCUGACAAAUUUGCUUACACUCUCCGCCAGCCCAUUGGUGUUGUGGGCCAAAUUAUCCCCUGGAACUUCCCGUUGGCCAUGGCAGCUUGGAAGCUGGGCCCUGCAUUGGCAUGCGGGAAUACCAUUGUCUUAAAGCCUGCGGAACAGACUCCUCUCAGUAUCUUGUAUUUUGCCACUCUUGUCAAGGAAGCUGGCUUCCCAGCCGGUGUUAUUAAUAUUGUGAACGGUAUUGGAAGAGUAGCCGGAACUGCCUUGGUUACUCACCCCGAUGUGGACAAGGUUGCUUUCACCGGCUCAACAGUUACUGGCAAAGAGAUUAUGAAGAUGGCAGCCGGAACCAUGAAGAAUGUGACUCUGGAAACCGGCGGCAAGUCUCCUCUGGUUGUUUUUGGUGAUGCAGAUCUUGAGCAGGCUGCCAAGUGGGCUCAUAUCGGUAUCAUGUACAACCAAGGACAAGUCUGCACAGCUACUUCUCGCAUCCUGGUCCACGAGUCGGUCUAUGAUGAAUUCGUGAAGCUCUUCCGAGAGGCAGUGGCUAGCACCAGUAAGGUCGGCGACCCAUUUGCCGACGACACGUUCCAAGGACCCCAGGUCACCAAGGCCCAAUAUGAGCGUGUCCUCUCAUACAUCGAGAGCGGAAAGCAGGAAGGUGCUACCCUAGUCGGUGGCGGUGUUCCGUACAAGAACGUUGGAGAUGGCAAGGGUUUCUUCAUUGAACCUACAAUCUUCACAGAUGUGAAGGACAACAUGCGCAUUUAUCGCGAAGAAGUUUUCGGUCCAUUCGUUGCAAUCGCCAAAUUUUCUACCGAGGAAGAGGCCGUGAGUCGCGCCAACGAUACAACCUACGGAUUGGGGGCCGCACUCUUUACCAAGGAUAUCGAGCGUGCCCACCGCGUGGCUUCUGAUAUUGAGGCAGGUAUGGUCUGGGUUAACAGCAGCAAUGACAGUGACUUCCGUGUGCCUUUCGGUGGUGUCAAGCAGAGUGGAAUUGGCCGUGAACUCGGAGAGGCAGGAUUAGAAGCAUACUCGCAGGUUAAGGCUGUUCACGUCAACGUCGGGACCAAGCUCUAGUCUGUCCCUCGGUUUGGAAUGUUUCGCACACUCAUAAUCUGUACAUAAUACGGCAUCAACCCAACCGUAUGUCGACCCAGGGAAGUAAGCAUCGUAUUGGAGUUCAUCUCUAUGACCACGUAUACCGGUGACAUUAGCCGAUGGGUAAUGAUCUUAUGCAUAUAUAUAUUCACCAAUACGGAAUGAUGAAACUAAGGUUUUUGGACGUGGAAACAUGCAUCUUCAUAACAAAUAUAUAUAUACCAUGCAAUCAGCAAACAAAUAAGAGCUAGCAAACAUUACGUUGAGCACUACCUCAAUACCCGAAUAAUACCUAUCUUGGAAAUAUACCGUCUGGUCUGGUGUCUUGC